UUCUGGCUUCCACAUAGUCAGUCAAAUGCAAUCUUGCACUAUUACUUAGCUACCUUGGUUAUAUAUUACUUCUUUAUUCUCAUUAGUUUUCCAACACCUAUUUUUGCUACCUAUGGUCAGAUGAUAGAUACCAAACAGUCAGAAUUUCACCAUUGCUAA